AUGCCAGUCUCUUCGAAUUACCCCCCAGUCGACAUUCCAGAAUUGGACCUCUGGACGUUCCUGUUUGAGCGCAAGGAUAGGCCGUUUUCGGAUGAUAAAAUCCUCUACCAAGAUGCCGAUACCCAGCGACACUAUACCUACAAAUCCCUCAGAGAGGCCUCUCUAGAUUUUGGCAAGGGACUGAAAGCCCUCUACGACUGGCGCAAAGGCGAUGUGCUAGCCCUCUUCACACCAAACACAAUCGACACACCGGUGCUGAUGUGGGGAACGCUCUGGGCAGGCGGAAUCAUCUCACCCGCAAACCCGGCUUACACAGUCGACGAGCUAGUCUUCCAGCUGAAGAACUCUGGUGCAAAGGCCGUGGCCACACACGCCUCUGUGUUAUCUGUUGCAGUUGAGGCAGCUAAGAAGGUCGGCAUUGAUGCUGAUAAUGUCUUCCUUGUGGGCGAUGAGCGGGACCCCAAUGCCCGUGUUAAGCAUUUCACUUCUGUGCGCAAUAUCUCUGGUGCUACCCGUUAUCGGAAGCAGAAGAUUGCUCCCGAAAAGGAUGUUGCGUUUUUGGUGUAUUCUUCCGGGACAACUGGUGUGCCUAAGGGUGUUAUGUUGUCUCAUCGGAAUAUUGUCGCCAAUAUUAUGCAGCAGGUUAUUGGGGAGGGUGGAAAGUUGAGCUGGGAUGGUGGACAUGAUGGGAAGGGGGAUCGUGUUUUGGCUUUCUUGCCGUUUUAUCACAUUUAUGGGUUGACCUGCUUGAUCACUCAGGCCCUUUACAAGGGCUAUCAUCUGAUCGUGAUGCAAAAGUUCGACAUCGAAAGGUGGUGUGCACAUGUGCAAAACUACCGCUGCACGUUCAGCUACAUCGUCCCGCCUGUGGUCUUGCUACUUGGAAAGCACCCAGUUGUAGACAAGUACGACUUGUCAAGUCUGCGAAUGAUGAAUUCCGGCGCGGCACCACUCACCCAGGAAUUGGUUGAGGCCGUGUACUCGCGCAUCAAAGUCGGUAUCAAGCAAGGCUACGGACUGUCCGAGACCAGUCCUACCACCCAUUCCCAGCAAUGGGAGGACUGGCGUGAAGCUACUGGCUCUGUUGGACGCCUGAUGCCCAACAUGGAAGCUAGAUACAUGACCAUGCCUGAAGACGGAUCUGCGCCAACUGAGGUUCCCGUCGGCGAGGUUGGUGAGCUGUACCUGAAGGGACCGAACGUCUUCUUGGGUUAUCAUCAGAACCCUGAGGCUACUAAGGGCUGUCUUUCUGAGGAUGGCUGGUUCCAGACUGGUGAUGUCGGAUACCAGGAUUCGAAGGGUCACUUCUACAUCACCGAUCGUGUUAAGGAGCUUAUCAAGUACAAGGGCUUCCAGGUCCCUCCUGCUGAACUAGAGGGUAUUCUCGUUGACAAUGAUGCCAUUGAUGAUGUUGCUGUUAUUGGUAUUGAGAGUGAUGCCCAUGGCUCGGAGGUGCCGAUGGCUUGCGUUGUGCGUAGCGCAAAGAGCAAAUCUUCAGGUACAACUGAGCAACAGGAAGCGGCAAACAUCGCCAAGUGGCUGGAUAGCAAGGUCGCGCAUCAUAAGAAGCUGCGCGGUGGUGUGCAAUUCGUGGAUGAGAUCCCCAAGAACCCCAGUGGGAAGAUUCUCCGCCGUGUACUGAAGCUGAGAUUCAAGGAGUUGGUCAAGGCACCUAAGGCGAAGCUGUAA